AUGGCGGCAUAUCGACAACUUGUAGAGAAAAGUCAUCAUGACUUAGUCAAUUUGUUAACUCAACAAAUGACCACAAUUCUAAAUCUUAUGAUAGCUGAUUACGAAUCGAAAUUCGAACGUCUUGCUAGACAAGUCGAACUUCCCCGUGGUCAAGAUGCUGAUGAAUUUCUAGCGAGGUUACGUGCUAAUCAUGGUGGUGAACGUUAUCAAGUCACCAGAAUUGUGGAAGAAGUACUCAAUCGAGUUGGUUUAAAUGUCGGUUUUAUGAAUCGACCUCAUUUUUUGUCUGCUUUCCCUCAAGUUGUUCAAAUGGUUGAAGUGCUAAGAGGGGUGAAAAAUCCAAAGAUAAUCACAAAAUUUGCAGGAGAAGUGGGAGAAUCGACCACUGAACAUGUUGCUCGAUAUUUGGCUGAGAUUGGAAAUUUAGCCAAUUAUGAAAUUUUGAAAAUGAAGUUUUUUCCUUCUUCGUUAACGAAGAAUGCGUUUAUUUGGUUUUUGAAUCUUAGACCAAAUUCGAUAAGGACAUGGAAUCAGUUAGAAACUGCUUUUCACGCCUAA